AUGUUUUCACUCUACUUCGGAUCCCCGGGCAACCUAGGCCAACUAAACACAACACCCAGCCUCUUGCGGAGCCUCGAACGCAAGGAAUGCACGUUUCUCGACGAAAUAUUCUGGAAUCUUGAGACCAGGGAGAUGUUUAGACAAGGUGCCGAGAACGAUAAUUCCAAAAUAUAUCCUGACCUCAACAAAACUGUCCGCUGUCUUCGAAAAUACGUUCUCCAUUCAUUCAAUUCAAACUUCGACAUGCGCCUGCUCAUGCUCAUAUCUCUCCUAUGCGCUACUUUGGCACAUGGGCAGAAGUGCGGAAUGGCGAUGCAAGUGCAUCGCCAGGGGCCAAGUGAGCCGGGCGCAAAGAUUCUCACACCAAAAGAACCAGCGAAUCAAUUAUUGGAAUCGGUCAACGCUUCCCUUAUGCUGGAUUAUAUCCGAUGUGAGGGUGAUAAUGGGUCUUGUCUCGUCAGGCUCGACGUGGAGAAAGCUCAUGCCGAGGAACUGAAAGCGGAGUUUGAUCUCCAAAAGACUGCAAAUAUCGAGGUGACUGAUGCGUUCUGUCCGGACGUGAAGAGCGAGUUAUAG